UCAAUCAAACUAAAAACAGUGAAAACGUAUUCUCUUGUCUCGGUUAUUUUCGUUUCAAAAAAGCCAAGAUAUCUCUACAUACGUAUUAACACUGCGUAAAUACUGAGGGAGAUAACUCGUCCAAAAUCUAGUAUUCAGAAAUUAGGAUUUGACGUCGCUUGGAUUGUUCAGAGUGAGGCUGAAGCAAUAUGAGCAACUUGAAUCCUGCAAGAAGAGAAAGAACACGCAAACUUCAUGAAUGUGAUUUUUGUAAGAAGAGAUUUUCAUGUGGUAGUAACUUGGUUAUACAUCAAAGAACACACACUGGGGAGAAACCUUAUGAAUGUGAUGUUUGUAAGAUGAGAUUUUCUCAUAGUAAUGCUUUGGUUAGUCAUCAAAGAACACACACUGGAGAGAAACCUUAUGAAUGUGAUAUUUGUAAGAAGAGAUUUUCACUGGGUGGUAAUUUGGUUAGUCAUCAAAGAACACACACUGGAGAGAAACCUUAUGAAUGUGAUAUUUGUAAGAAGAGAUUUUCGCAUGUUAGUAAUUUGGUUAAUCAUCAAAGAACACACACUGGAGAGAAACCUUAUGAAUGUGAUAUUUGUAAGAAGAGAUUUUCACAGGCUGCUAGUUUGGUUAGACAUCAAAGAGCACACACUGGAGAGAAACUGUAUGAAUGUGAUAUUUGUAAGAAGAGAUUUUCACAGGCUGAUAAUUUAGUUAGUCAUCAAAGAACACACACUGGAGAGAAACCUUAUGAAUGUGAUAUUUGUAAGAAGAGAUUUUCCCAGGCUGCUCAUUUGCUUACACAUCAAAGAACACACACUGGAGAGAAACCUUAUAAAUGUGAUGUUUGUAAGAAGAGAUUUUCACAGUCUGGUAAUUUGCUUACACAUCAAAGAAAACACAUUUGAGAGAAACCUUAUGAAUGUUAUGUUUGUAAGAAGGGAUUUGUACGAGGUAGUCAUUUGGUUACUCAUCAAAGAACACACACUGAAGAGAAUUCUUACGAUAUGAUGUUUGCAAGAAGAGAUUUUUACGGCAUAGUAACUUGGUUAGUCAUCAUAGGACACACAUUGGAGAGACAUUUUCACAUAGUAGUGAUUUCGUUCGUCAUCAAAGAACACACACUAGAGAAAAACCUAAUGAAUGUGAUGUUUGUGAGAAGAAAUUUUCACGUGGUAGUAAUUUGGUUACUGAUCAAAGGACACACUCUCAAGACAAGCUUUAUGAUAGUGAUGUUUGUAAGAAGGGAUUUUCACAGGUUGGUAAUUUGCUUACACAUCAAAGAAAACAUAUUUGAGAGAAACCUUAGGAAUGUUAUAUUUGUAAGAAGGAAUUUUUAAAGGGUAGUGAUUUGGUUACUCAUCAAGAGGGAUUUUUACGGGUUAG